GUAGGGAUAGAAGGAAAAUGGCCGGUUAGCGUGUGUUCGUCGGUGUUGUCGAAGGUGGUGUAGAUUUUGGUCAACCUAUUUCGUUCAACAUUCACGAAUAUAUGGCUAAAUUUGCUCAUGGAGUAAAGUAAAUUUUUAUACGGAGGUAACCUUUAUGCAUCGGAAUUAAAGUGAACCAAUAUGGCAAGCCCUUCGCCACAAUCUUCUCCUAUGCCUCCGCCGCAAGCACCAAGUCCUAUGGGUCCCCCUCAACAAGCACCAUCACCAUCUAAUCCACAAGGUAGCCCAAUGGGACCACCACAGCAUCAUCCUCAUAGUCCGACACAACCAUAUCAAACUGGUCCAUCGAUGCAACCUGGAGGUCCACCAAUGUCUCAACCACCUCAACAACCUCCACCCCAACAGCAGAAUUAUUCAUCGCAUCCACAACAAAUGCAACCUAACAUGGGUCCACAGAACCAAGGUGGUCCUGGCGGUCCAGUCGGUCAGAAUUCUAAUUCUCAGCAAGGUCAUUCUCCUGGAGGACCCAUGGUCCCAGGUCAGAUGGGACCGAAUGGGCCUCAAGGAACAUCUCACAUGAUGCAGUCUGGUCCGAAUCAAAUGGGUUCUAACGGUCCAGGUCAAAUGGGUGGCGGUGGACCUGGUCAAAUGGGCCCGGGAGGUCCUGGUCAGAUGGGUCCAGGAGGUCCAGGAGGACCAAUUGGGCCAGGUCAUAUGGGGCAAGGAGGUGGAGGUCCACCGGGAGGUCCUCACAUGGGUCAAGGUCCAAAUCAGAUGGGCCCAGGAAGUGGACCAGGUUCUCAGAUGGGUCCUGGUGGACCUCCAAAUUCACAGAUGGUACCUGGAGGACCAGGACAUAUGAGUGGUCCACCAGGGCCAGGGCAUAUGAACGCAUCAGGUCCGCCAGGACCUGGUCAUAUGAGUUCGGGUGGUCCACCAGGUCCAGGACAACACGUUAAUACGUCUGGCCCGCCAGGUUCCGGACAUAUGAACACUAGUGGGCCUCCUCCAGGGUCAACGCACAUGAACGCCAGUGGCCCGCCUGGAAGUCAUCUAAACAGCGGACCGCCUAUUCCGAGUCACAUGAACGCGAGUGGCCCACCGGGAUCCGGGCACAUGAAUGUUAGCGGGCCAGGAAAUCACAUGGGGCCUGGAGGCCCAGGGCAGAUGCCACCGAGUGGUCCUGGGUCGCACAGUAUGGGACCAGGAGGUCCAAAUCAAAUGGGUCCUGGUGGUCCAAACCAAAUGGUCCCUAGUAGUCAAUCCCCGAUGGGGCCUAGUCCAAUGGGGCCUGUUGGUCCAGGAGGGCAGAUGGGUCCAAACGGACCUGGGCAAAUGGGACAUAACGGGCCUUCGCAAAUAGGUCCAAAUGGUCCUGGACAAAUGAACAUGGGAGGUCCAUCGUCUCAAAUGGGAAUGGGACCGGGGGGACCUGGAAGUCAAAUGGGUCCAGGAGGACCAGUUAGUCAAAUGGGUCCGGGAAGUGGGCCUGGAGGCCAAUUAGGACCAAAUGGACUUGGACAAAUGGGGCCAGGGAAUACCCCAGGAGGGCAAAUGCCUCCAGGUAACGGACCAGGAGGUCCUAUGGGUCCUGGAAGCGGUCCGGGUGGACAGAUGGGAUCGAGCAGCGGACCUGGAGGACAAAUGGGUCCUGGAAGUGGUCCUAGUGGGCAAAUAGGACCAGGAAGUGGUACUGGAAGUCAAAUGGGUCCAGGAAAUCCUCCUGGAAAUCCAAUGGCACCUGGAAGUGGUGCUAGUGGGCAGAUGGGUCCAGGUAAUGGACCUAGUGGUCAAAUGGGUCCUGGGAGUGGUCCUAGCGGACAAAUGGGCCCUGGGAAUGGCCCUAGUAGUCAAAUGGGUCCUGGAAGUGGUCCAGGGUCGCAAAUGGGUCCAGGUGGACAAAUGGGUCCAGGUGGACAAAUGGUUCCAGGUGGACAAAUACCACCUGGUGGUCCUUCUAACCAAAUAGGGCCGGGUGGUCCCGGUAAUCAGAUGGGAUCAGGUGGUCCAAACAGUCAGUUAGGUCACACUGGUGCAAGUAGUGGCCCGAUGGGACCGAAUGGACCGAGUGGACAACCAUCUUCUGGUCCAAUGGGGCCUGGUUCACAGAAUCAACAAAUCGUUCCUGGAGGCACGACACCGAUGGGUCCUGGAGCUCCGGUAAAUCAGAUGAGUCAGACUGGCCCUGGUCCGAUUGGUCCCACGGGGCCAAGCGGUCCACCAGCAGCUGGGCAAGAAAAUUUAAAUGCUUUACAAAAGGCUAUUGACUCUAUGGAAGAAAAAGGACUUCAAGAAGAUCCUCGUUAUUCUCAGUUGCUGGCUCUGAGAGCUCGUCAAGGCAGUAUCAGUGAAAAACAAACAUUUAGUCCGCCACAGUUGCAGCAAUUACGUGUACAAAUAAUGGCAUAUCGGUUGUUGGCAAGAAAUCAACCAUUGUCUCAGCAACUUGCUUUAGCUGUUCAAGGUGGAGCACCUCCUCCCCCAGGUAUGGCACAACGUCCCCCUAUAGAUCCAUCUCAAGGACCCGCUACUACCACAGGUCUACCAAUCUCUGGACCAAACGUAAUUGGUCCUGCAGUUCCUCCAAGGCUAGGUUGUCAAACGCCACAACAACAGCAGCCUCCGCAACCAGGUGCCAAGACUAACAGAGUGACUAGUGUAGCAAAACCAGCUGGUUUAGAUCCACUGUUGAUUUUACAAGAACGUGAGAAUAGGGUUGCAGCACGUAUAGCAUUGCGUAUGGAGCAACUGAGUAAUAUGCCAACCAACAUGCCAGAAGAUCUUCGUAUUCAGGCACAGAUCGAAUUGCGUAUGCUUAGAGUGUUGAAUUUCCAAAGGCAAUUACGAUCGGAGAUUUUAGCGUGUACUCGAAAAGACACCACUUUAGAAACUGCAGUAAACGUAAAAGCCUAUAAACGCACAAAGAAGCAAGGUCUUCGAGAAGCUAGGGCUACUGAGAAACUUGAGAAGCAACAGAAAUUAGAGGCAGAACGUAAACGCAGGCAAAAGCAUCAAGAAUUUCUUAGUUCUGUUCUUCAACAUGGCAAAGAUUUUAAAGAGUUCCAUCGGAACAAUGUUGCUAAACUGGCUAGGCUUAACAAAGCAGUUCUUAAUUACCACGCUAAUGCAGAAAGAGAACAGAAGAAAGAACAAGAACGUAUUGAAAAAGAACGUAUGAGACGUUUGAUGGCAGAGGACGAAGAAGGUUACAGGAAGUUGAUUGAUCAGAAAAAAGAUAAACGAUUAGCCUUCCUGUUGUCUCAGACCGAUGAAUAUAUCAGUAAUUUAACUGAAAUGGUGAAACAACACAAGAUUGAGCAAAAGAGAAAACAGGUGGAAGAACAGAAACGUAAGAAGCAAAAAAAGAAGAAGAUGCAAGAUGGCGAAGGAGGUGAAGAUGGGAAUGGUAACGAGGAUAGUCGUGUUGGAGUGAUUGAAACAUCUACUGGUCGCACAUUAACUGGAGACGACGCUCCAUUAAUGAGCCAACUUCAAGCCUUUUUAGAAUCUCACCCAGGUUGGGAACCAAUUGAAUCAGAAAGUGAGGAUGAUGACGAUGAUGACGACGACGAUAAUGACGGUGAAGAAAAAGGCGAACAUAAAGUGAAGGCUCCUGGCGAUCCUGAAGAUGAUAAAGUCAAGAAAACGAUACACAAAGCAAAGGUGGAAGACGAUGAAUACAAAACAGAGGAACAAACGUAUUACAGUAUUGCUCAUACUGUCCACGAAGUAGUAACAGAACAAGCAUCAAUUAUGGUUAAUGGAAAAUUAAAGGAAUAUCAAAUAAAGGGUUUGGAAUGGCUUGUUUCAUUGUUCAACAAUAACCUGAAUGGUAUUCUUGCUGAUGAAAUGGGUCUCGGAAAAACCAUUCAAACUAUAGCUUUGGUUACUUACCUCAUGGAGAAAAAGAAAGUUAAUGGGCCGUUCCUGAUUAUAGUACCAUUAUCAACUUUGUCAAAUUGGGUGUUGGAGUUUGAAAAAUGGGCCCCCAGUGUAGUAGUAGUGUCGUACAAAGGUUCGCCAGCUGGUAGAAGAGCUAUUCAGUCUCAGAUGAGAGCUACAAAAUUCAAUGUUUUACUCACAACAUAUGAAUAUGUCAUUAAGGAUAAGGGUGUGUUAGCAAAAUUGCAAUGGAAAUACAUGAUCAUUGACGAAGGUCACAGAAUGAAAAAUCACCACUGUAAAUUAACUCAAGUGUUGAACACACAUUACUUGGCUCCUCAUCGACUUCUUCUAACUGGAACACCAUUGCAAAACAAACUACCCGAGCUGUGGGCGUUAUUGAAUUUCUUACUACCAUCAAUCUUUAAAUCCUGUAGUACUUUCGAACAGUGGUUCAAUGCUCCUUUCGCAACCACUGGUGAAAAGGUUGAGUUGAACGAAGAAGAAACGAUCCUUAUUAUUCGUCGUCUGCACAAAGUAUUGCGUCCUUUCCUAUUGAGACGUUUGAAGAAGGAAGUUGAAUCUCAAUUGCCAGAUAAGGUUGAAUAUAUUAUCAAGUGUGAUAUGUCAGGAUUGCAGAAGGUCCUUUAUAAACAUAUGCAAAGUAAGGGUGUAUUGCUAACCGACGGUUCUGAGAAGGGAAAACAGGGUAAAGGAGGUGCCAAAGCUUUGAUGAACACUAUCGUACAGUUAAGAAAAUUAUGUAAUCAUCCAUUCAUGUUCCAAGCUAUCGAAGAGAAAUAUUGCGAACAUGUUGGCACCCAAGGAUCCGGGGUCAUUACCGGACCUGAUCUCUUUCGUGCCUCUGGCAAAUUUGAGUUGUUGGAUCGCAUUCUUCCAAAAUUGAAAGCAACGAAUCACAGAGUUUUAUUGUUCUGUCAGAUGACACAGUUAAUGACAAUUAUGGAAGAUUAUCUGAGCUGGAGAGGAUUCAUGUAUCUGCGAUUAGAUGGAACAACAAAAGCUGAGGACAGAGGAGAUUUGUUAAAGAAAUUCAAUGACCCUGGUUCCGAGUAUUUCUUAUUCUUGCUGUCGACACGUGCCGGUGGUCUUGGGUUGAACCUUCAGGCUGCUGAUACCGUCAUCAUUUUCGACUCUGACUGGAAUCCUCAUCAGGAUUUACAGGCACAGGACAGAGCGCACAGAAUUGGUCAGAAGAACGAAGUGCGUGUGCUGAGAUUGAUGACGGUUAAUUCGGUGGAAGAAAGAAUAUUGGCUGCUGCUAGAUACAAGUUAAACAUGGAUGAGAAGGUUAUACAGGCAGGAAUGUUCGAUCAGAAGUCAACCGGUUCUGAGCGACAGCAGUUCUUGCAAAGCAUUUUGCACCAGGACGAUGCUGAUGAUGAGGAAGAAAACGAGGUACCAGACGACGAGACCGUCAAUCAGAUGAUUGCUCGAACCGAAGGUGAAUUUGAGAUAUUCCAAAAAUUAGAUUUAGAACGAAGAAGGGAAGAAGCAAAGUUAGGUCCAAAUAGAAAAUCUAGAUUGCUGGAAGAAGCCGAGUUGCCUGAUUGGUUGGUGAAAGAUGACGACGAGGUUGAACGAUGGACUUACGAAGAGGACGAAGACAGGUUCCUCGGACGUGGUUCCAGGCAACGAAAGGAAGUUGAUUACACCGAUAGUCUUACCGAGAAAGAAUGGCUGAAAGCAAUUGAUGACGAUGGUGCUGAGUACGAAGAGGAAGAGGAAGAUGAUAAAAAGAAAAAGAAGACCAGGAAACGAAAGAAAAAAGGCGAGGAAGACGACGAACCUAUGCCAAAGAAACGCAGAGGUGGUGGCUCUUCGAUUGAUCCAAAAAUGAAAAGGGCCAUGAAGAAGUUGCUUAUGAUAGUUGUUAAUUACACCGAUAGCACGGACGGUAGACUCCUUAGUGAACCAUUUAUGAAAUUACCAUCUAGAAGAGAAUUACCGGAUUAUUAUGAAAUUAUUAAGAAACCAUUGACUAUUAAUAAAUUGCUUCAGAAAAUUGAGGAAGGAAAGUAUGCCGACUUUGACGAUCUUGAAAAAGACUUCAUGCAGCUCUGUAAGAACGCGCAAGUUUAUAAUGAAGAAGCUUCUCUAAUACACGAAGAUUCCAUUGUCUUGCAGUCUGUCUUUACAAAUGCCCGUCAGCGCAUCGAGGAAGAGGGUAAUAAUUCAGACUUAGACGAUAAAGAUGGCGAAGACGGGUCAGAUGCAGAUUCCAGUGUGAGAAUGAAAAUUAAAUUGAAAGGAAGGAAAGGGGAAGGCAGAGGGGGACGAAGAAAAAGAGUUACUAAGAAAUAUAUAUCAGACGAUGACGAUGAUGCCGACGAUAAUUGAGAAUUGCACGCGAAUUUCUUAGAGCAUACAAGAUAAUAGAGGAAGUCCGAGAGCAAGAAGGAAGAAGAGUUUUUGCUGGCGGAAAAGCAAACCACUUGAAGGAUUUUGCCACGAACGUGGCCAAGGGAAAAUAGUGAUUCUGUAGCUGCUGGAGGUAAUAGCGGAGCGAUUAAGAUCGUUUCGAAUAACAUAUAGAUUUUAAUAUAACCUAAUAUCAAUUACAUAAUUAUCGUCAGUUUAACGAUAUAUCUGUAGUGAAUGCAAUGUAGUGAAUUCUUGGCUCAUAGCCAUAUACCGAAAACGCAAUUUUAGGGUAGCCAGUUAGCCUCAACUCUGGGACGCAUAUUAGAUAUUUCGUUACAUUAAUUCGGUUUCAGUGCUUGCGCUUAUGCGACGCCUGGUCGCAUGUGGUUUAAAACAAGCUUAACCACGAUGCACUUCCGUUAAACCGCGUCUUUAGCGUAAUCGAUAUUUUCUUUUUUCAUUCAUUUUGAAAAAUGAACCGUUUUAUAUCAACAAAAUUAAAUCCAAAGUUAUAAGUUUUAUAAUAUAAAAUUUCAAAAAAUAUUAAAUACAAUUUUCCUGAGUAAACGCUUAAGCGCAUGUAGUGCAGCCGUUUUCCACUAGAGCGCCAUUCUCCCUAGGGGAACUUAAGUUUGUCAGUGCUGUACAUCCUACAUAUGCUGUUUUCUAGGUACUAAACUCUGGUACGCUCUGUGUAGACGCUAGGUGAAUCGUUUCCUAAGUACAUAGAUGCUUUGGUUACAUCUGUAACCAGAUUAGAUCCUUAUUUAUGAGGAGCUGGGCAAAUAAUUUGGAGAGUCUUCAGAGAAUCGUCAAAGUAAAUUGACGCAGCUCCUCUCCCAUGUCGACUGAAACCGUUCAUUAGUGUUUUGCGUUUAACGUUGGAAACUUCAAAACGGGAACGGGAACCAUUAAUUAUUGUGACAGUGAUACAGUGUAAUGUAAUACCAUAAAUAAUAAGGAGUAUACUGCUGUGUACCAGAAACAUUCUGAACGGAUUUUCUGUCAUAAAUCGAUUUAAUUCCACCUACCAAAUACGAUUUUAUUGCAAUGAAUUAUUGCACAUUAUUAGCGAACGUCGUUUAUUAAUUCUUGGAAGGAGUAUAAAUAUUUCACACUUGUUAUGCUCGUUGAUCGACUAUUCCAUAUGAAAUUUUAUUUUUUAAUCUCUUUUGUGUUUUAAUAAUUAUCAAUGUAUCUUAUGAUAUUGUCUAGCAGCGUAUUUACACGAAUUUCUUUGUUCGGUAUCAAAGCGGGUCCCACGUGUUACUAAGCACCCCUAUGUACAUACCAUAUUCCCAUGAAGCUACUAUUUCGCCAUUGUACCAUAUGAUGGCUGCACGAUUAUUUCACUGUCCCGACGUGUCAUAAUCACACAUACAGCCACGCACAAACAAGCAUGUUCAUACAUACAUGCAGUGAAUGUUUCGCAGUGAAUCGUCGGAGAUCGGUCUUUGGCACGUGCAUUUGACAGUUUAAGAUUAUUUACACGUAGGCUACGGAAGCUUCCAGGCCAAAUCGAAACGAGGUUAUGAAAGACGGCUUGUAUAAUACAUUUAUGGAACAUUCAUGGAACAGCCAGACCAGAUUGCCGCUCGCUAUUGCCAGGUAACUGGCAGGCUAUACACCAAUGCCCAUAAGUACAUAUUAGGACAUUUGUACAGUACCGAGUACGGUAGGAUUCUCUAGGGGAAAAAUGGCGGUAUAGGGAAAGAAAGCCUCGCUAUACGCUACAGGAUAAGACCCCUUUGAAAUUAUGCAAUGCAUCAUGCUGUUUUAGGAUGCGACCAAUUCGUGAUUGAUCCUCAUGAAUAUGGGCAGACGAAGUAUGGAAUUAUGGUCGAGUAACAACCACGGACAAGUUAUAGCACGUUCGAACGCUAUUGACCGGUCUUUCAACGAGAUAAUGUGCACACAUCGGUUAUUCACGCUUCAGUCACGCUUCAGAACUUAAACUCUAUAAACUUCCGUGUUACUUUGAAGUUAAUUAACAAAUUUCUAUGAUAAAUUUAAUAUUGUAUACCAUUAGGACUUAGAAACAUCUCAAUCUUUUUUUCUCGUUUCCUGAAGGACCUAUUUCUGCAGCCCCUAAAAGAGGACAAUUAUGAAACAUUUUCAAUAUGUCAAUCAGUGUGGUAACUAAAAUGAGAUAUUUCAAAUAACACGAAUCCAGCACAUCUGCUGUGAAAUAAGAAAAUGUGAAAACCACGAGACGCAAUAGAAACUGAACGUAAUUGAAUGUCAUGUUUCAUAUCUGUCCUCUCUGAAGCAGAAGAAAUAGCAACAUUGCAUCGCAGAUCUCUGAAUUCCCUGCAUUUUCCGGAGGUCCUUGCAGCCUCCUAUGCCAUAGUGUUUACUCGAACCUAUGCUUCGUGGACAGGAACACACGUGUGUAUGUACGCAAGCUAUAUCUAUAAGAGCGAUAUGAGUUCCGCUAGGAAAGUGCACAUGUGUGCAAUGUGUUCUGGUGCAUCGAACGUAUAGCUUGAGACGACAACGCGUCGAAAGGAAACGCUGUUGGAAUGUAAACCCAGGUUGUUGUGCUUGUAAUUUUCGACGGAAGCAUCGAACUUUCGCUUGUUUGCAAUUAAGCCCUGAUUAACUUGUUAGGACUUGAUAAUCGUUUUAACAGGUACUACUAAAAAUUUAGCGAAAGAGGGAUCAGAAUUUUCUGAAUUUUCUUAAGAUUCCUUUAUUCAUGGAACUUAAUAAAUUGCCGAUGGCGUAAAACUUCGAUGUCGGUGGAUUUACAUCAUGUUUGCGCCGUUCGAAUCGAAUUUGCUGCCCUUGACAAAUGGUCCUGGCAUGCUUCUGGCACCUUUCUAAUCUCCUCAACCUUCGAUCUUAAUUCACGUCCUCUUCCGAAGCGCGCCAGCGAAAAUUCAUCUUCAAAAUUCACUUGGCCGAGGUCAGUCGAGACGCUCGCGGAUCGAAUUCUUUCGAGAAACUGCUUGAAAGUCAUUGAUGGAAAGCACUCUUAUCCGUGAACUUACAAAGUCUACAUGAUGUUCGUGCCGCUUCUAAGGAAACGAAUCAUUUAUCAUCUUUGAGGCGUGAAAGAUUUUCAGGUAAAAAAUCACUUUACAGUUAAAUAUAAAGUAUAUAUAUAUAUAUGUAUAGUUCCAUAUUUCACCGUACCCACUUUAAAAGUAGAUUCUAUAUGAGAUUAGUCAUAGUUUCCCUAUCCCCAUCAAAAUUUACCAGGAGUUAGCCCCGACCAGAGUCGAAUCCUCAUAGUCCUCUGGGAGAUAGAAUCUCGACGCAGAUCGUUGAAAAGUAAAUAGAGAAGACACUUUAGAGGAAUGUAAUAUGUCUGGACACAAAGCGUGAGACAGUCAUAAUUUUAUUUGAUUAUACUUUCCCGACUGUUGCCAUUCCGCUAAUGAAACGAAGCACCGGCUAAUGAGCCUAAUGAAGAAGUUCUGUUGUAAGGUGUACUUAUGGGAAUUGUUUAAAGGAAAGAUAUUUCUGACUUCAGACUCGAACUGAAUGACCCCGAUUAUUUCCCAUUGGUUCCUCUACUAUCAGCUUUUAGUACUUUCUUUCCGUCAGUUGAUCGGCAAACAACGUGCCCACCGUCAGGCCCAAUCAACUAGGAAAGCAACGGCCAUUCGACAUUGCCGAUCUGCUUCGUAUGCACUUAUGUUAGGAGGAACUAAUUAAUCCGCAGCAUGAUUGCAAGUAAAUCGAAUCCGAGCCAGGGUGGCGAAGGAUCGCCGAGGAAGGACGUAGAUGGGCGGGAAGUGUAUGUUAAAGGAACGGAGGGUUGGCAGUUCAGUACGCUCGUCGAGUUAAAUAUGCAAAUCGAGUUGCACUUAUGUCUCGGGUUGCAGAAGCUACGGGAGAGCUUGCCACGGGGGUGCAAACACUGCCUCCAACCUACCCGGCCGUCCCCCUCAAACUGUCGACGGCAGUAUACUUGAAGGGAAGUGCUCCCUGACCCGACACGCUCUUUCUAAUGUUUGUUCAAUUAAAUCCCAUCCGUGAGCAACUGAUUUCCUUCAUUUGCUUGCACACCGUAAUUUUCGUUUCAACGAAGGCCUUCGAAAGUUCUGACUGCCUCCUUGGAGAAUGUACUUGAUUAACCACGAAUGGUAACGAUAGCUUUUUGAAAUAAUCAAUUAUUAACAAUGAAAUGAUUUAUUAAUAAUGAUGUUGGUAAUUAAGAGAAGCUAAUUAUUUUGACCAAAUGAAAUGCAUACAAAGCAACAUGUGUAUACAUAAUAAAUUAAUAGAAUUAAUUUAAACAAAACGACAUUGUAAUUUGAAUCGAAUUUAAUCAAGGUUGCUUUCAAAUUUACAAAUAUGACAAUACAUAAAUUCAUUACAUUAUGUUUCAAUUAAUUAAUAAUUACUUACCAGAUCGUGGAGCUGAGGUACAUAAUUUUUGAUUAAUAGUUUGAAAUAGUUGAAAAGUAGUCUUUCUAUUUAUUUAUCGAGACGAAAAUUGCGUGCCAGUAAAGCUAGCUUUGAUGAUUCUGUUCAAUUAUUUGCUCGUUAAUUACUUGUAAAUAUUGUCACUAGAUCAAAUGCAUAUUUGUGAGAAAUGCGUUUUCGCGAGAAAUGUGUACCUAUUCAUCGUUCAGUAAUAUUUUCUGUAAAAAUGUACAAAUAUUUGUUGUAAUAAUAAAAAUCAAUGAAAUUCAA